GGCAGCAUUACAAAAGUACUCGCACACACGGUUACACAUGGCAGCUGGAGAGCUCUGCUGGCAAGUUAGUUUCCGGCUGUGAAAAACGGUUACAAAAUGUGUAAAAAGUGUUGAAUCACUCAAAGAACAACAGUUGAACACAUAGACGAUAAAAGAGAAAUUGAAUUUUUAUGAAAAUCGCACAGAACAAAACAGCGAAAGAAACAGCGGAAAACCACAAAUUUUCCACGUACGGGCCACCUGUUGCAUCAAAGGCUACAAUAUCCCAAUGCCACGUUGGGGUCAUCGGCCGAAAAUUUGGGAUUUUCAGGUGGAAAGCGUCGUAGACAAGUGUCUGGCAAGUGGAAAUAUUCACUAUUUAGUGCAGUGGUUGGGCCGUAUGGAUCCGGAGUACACCUGGGAGCAUGCGGAGGUACUCGAGUGCCCCGAGGCGAUCCGUAGAUACGAGGAGACGAUGGGAUUCAAUGACCAGCCGAUUGUUUUGGGGAAGCGUAUCUCUUCGGCAUCAUCAUCAUCGUCAUCAUCGUCAUCAUCGUCAUCUGGAGACUCAGCUUCAUCCUGUGUCACCGUAAAGAAGCGGUCAUCGUCAUCGGUAUCAGCAUCGUCGUCGUCAUCGACAUCAUCAUCGACCUCAUUCUUGUCAUUGGUAUCGACAUCGACCUCAUUACAACCGCCAGAAAAGAAGCGCUAUUCGUCAUUUCCAUUGACCACAUCGGUCUCAUCGAAUCACCCGGAAAAGCAGCGCAGUUCCUUAUCGGAAUCCACAUGGGCAUUGUUAUCGUCAUCGGCGGUAUCGGAGUCCUCGUCAUCCGUCCCGCCCCAACCUUCGGACAAGAAGCGAAAUCCAUCACCGCCAUGGCAGCCCCCUCCAGAGAAGCGCAUUUCGUUAUCGCAAUCGACGUGGUCACUGAUGUCGUCAUCGAUAUCCUCAGCGGAAUCAUUCGAGCUCCCGGAAAAGAAGCGCAAUUCGUCGAUGCCGUCGGUAUCGGGCAUAUUCCAACCAAUGAUACCCAAUCCCAAGCGCAAGUCGUCAUCGUCAUCGGUAUCGUCAUCGGAAUCGAAUAUCCCUGAAAAGAAGCGCAAGUCGUCAGCGGCCUCGACCUCAUCGCAUCUACUUGGAAAGAGGAGUAAUUCAGAGAGUAAUUCGAUAUGGGAGUCACCGUUAUCCCCUUCCCCGGAGAACAAUUCGAUGUGGGAGUCCCCCCUGUCCCCGCCAGCAGAAAAGAGGCGUAAAUCAUCGGAAAAGAAGCGUAAAUCAUCCGAAAAGAGGCGAAAGUCAUCUGAGAAGAAGCGCAAAUUAUCUAGAAUGUCAAUGUACUCGGAUAUAUCCGACACACCAGCAUCCCCACCACUGGAGAAGAGUCUUAACUUGUCUCGAAUGUCUAUGUACUCGGAUAUAUCGGACUCACCCGCUUCUCCUCCACCGGAAAAGAGGCGCAAAUCAUUUGGAAUGCCAAUGAUAUCAGUGAAAUCGGAGCUAUCGUAUAUACCGGUGAAAUCGGAGCUAUCGGAUUUAUCGAACGUAUUGAACGCAUCGGAGGUAUCGGUAAAAUCGGAGUUAUCGCAGGUAUCAUCAGCCCAACGGGAAGUAAGGGAGCCAUGGUAUAUGCGUAAUCUGGAUCCUAGCGCCGGGCCGAGGGGCUUCGCCCGUGGCCUGGAACCGGUGAAGGUACUGGGCGCCACCGAUGCUUUGGGCGACAUCAUGCACUUGAUGCAGUGGAAGGGCUGCUCCCAGUUCGACCUGGUGUCGCAUGAGGAGACCAGCAUCUUGUGUCCCCAGCUGGUCAUCGAGUAUUACGAGCAGCGUCUGUCCUGGCACAAUGUCCCCAACGUCACGGAUGUCAUACUCGGUGUCAAGAAUUGGAAGCAGAAGGGCUACAUCAACCGAUACAGAGACAGAUAUGGCAAAAAAGGUACGAGGCCAACCGAAAUUCUGUGAUUUUUCUAUGAUGAAUCAUAGGAUACAAAAAUAUCAAAUAUAUAUAACCAAUAAAUGUACACAAAUACUAUGUAUAUGAACGUGUGUGAAAAUAUCUACUAGAGAUGCAUACAAUGUUUUUUUUUUUGAAGAAGAUACUAUGAGAAGAUAUAGAUAAAUGUGCGAAAAUAUCUACUAGAGAUGCAUAAAAAGUGUUUUUUUUUUUUGAAGAAAAUUCAUAUGUGCGCAAAGGAUGAAAUGGAAGAGAGCAUACAAUAUAAGAACCUAUACUCUAUAUACACAUUUUUUUUGUGAGUUUAUUCACCAUAAAACUAUGUACUAAGACGUGCCAUGUACUUAGUACGACGAGACGAGUAGGAGAGAAAGAUAAAUACGGCUAUUUUUUUGAGAGAUUGUAUGAGAUUGUAUAUGUACGAGGCAGAAAGCAUAGACCUAACUUAAGUUGUUUUCUUUUUUUUGGAAACUAUUUCAAAGAAAUAAUAUAUGCGCUGUGGUUUGAUAGUAAAAAGUAGAUGAAGAAUGCAAAUUUUUGUGAAUUUUUGUUCACCAAAAAUACUUGCAUAUAUACCAAACAGAUAGUUUUUGAAAAGUACUCUCGUACGAGAUUUAUAGAUGAAAAUUUACCAAAACUUUUUUGUUGGUUUUUUAUAUUUUUGCAUCCUAAGAAUAUCUACAAUGAAAAGAUGGUAACGUUAUUUUCAUUUAAAAAAACAAAAAAACACGAAAAAAACAAUGCUCUGAAGAAGAAACUCCUAAAAUACGAUUUUGUGUGAAUUUGUACACCAAAAUCCAACUAAAAAACAAAUAGAGAAGAGAUUUUAUGAAAGCUAUGUAUGUACCGGAGUGGAGUAGAAUGGAAUUUAUUUUUGAAUUUGUUGAUCGAUGUGCAGUAAAUGGCAUACUAAAACCCAUUUUAAAACAUAUUUAGUACGUGUUCUUUAAACCGUACAAUAGCCAUACAUAUAUCAAUGAAAUACGAUACAGGAAUACAUGGAAAUAUUUCCAGCGAAAAAUAUGGAAAUGCUCACACACACACACAUAACACAUAACACAUGGAUGUAAUAUUAUUGGCAAGGGGCGAGGGAAAACCCACCUUGUUUAAUCAGCAUUAAUUAACUACGUUUCAAUGUUAUGCUCUUGAUGUGAAUAAAAAAUAUAUA